CGCCGGAAUUUCCAUCCCCAGCCGCUGCAAUAAAUCCGAACUACUAAAACUCUACUAAACCAUCCCGUCACCAACUCCGCCCCCCCAGGACAACAGAGCUGCUCGCUCCCGCCACACCCCCUAUCCUCAACCCACCACUGCACAGCAAGCAAGAAACCUCCCCGGACCUCCAAAGAAAGCAACCAGAAAAAGCAAUACAAAACCAUCCCAAGUUACAGGACAAACUGCUCCCUCUAACACCACCUUCCAAAACACCGACAAUCCACCGGACAAUUACGCCACUCCAGGACUUUCUACCCCCUUCCCCUGGCCUCCAGCUCCACAUUCUAGCGAAAACUCCAGUCCUAUUCUUCCAUCUCUCCCCCCCACUCUCAACCCUCCCCAUUUCGCUCUCUCAUCUAAUCUUCCUCAUUCUUCAACCCAGCCUAUUUCUACUCAAACUUUUCCUACAAAUCCUAACACUCUUCCUCUGCCUACUCAAUUUCCCUCUGCAAAUAUCCCCUCUUUUUUCUCCUCUACAUCCAUACACCAAGCACCCACAUCCUUUACUAAUCCUCCCCAACAGUCUACCAUCCCUCCUAACAUAUCUUCCGCACGACCCCCCUUCACCCUAACCACAGCCACGCCCCUUCCCAUUCCGCUUAAUGCUCCAGUCCUGGAACCAACUCCGAUCUCCAACGUCAUCAAGAACCUCAUCCUAUCAGAGAUUCAGGCUAUUGGCGCCAGAGGCGGAGCAACACCCGACUCCCAUCCCUCCAUAUUCAGAGAUGAUAUUCCAAUAAAUCAUCCCAUGCACAAUCUGCACCAAACAUCUAUAUCUCUAAUUCUGCAGGCCUUAGCUCCAAGAACAUUACAAUCAUAUCUCACUGCAUGGAAAACAUUCAAACACUUUCAUUCCCUAUACAACACUACAUUCCCUAAUUUCUCCCUUCUUACAAUCACAUCAUUCAUCACAUAUCUACAUUCAAAUAAACACAUCCAAGCCAACUCUAUUAAGAGUUACUUAAGUGGUAUUCAAUUUUUUCACAAACUCAUGUACGGCUCCAUUUCUGAUUCUAUUGCUAAUUCACAAACCAGCCUUCUCAUUAAGGGCAUCCAGAAAACCCAUCCCCCCCUCCCAGACACCAGACUGCCCAUCACACACAAUAUACUCUCCAAAUGCAUUUCCACUCUCAGAAAAGGCUACCUAUCCUUUCAUACAGACCACACUCUAGAUGCUAUGUUUAUUUUAGCCUUUUUCGGAUUUCUUAGAUGUUCCGAAUUUGCAGUAACUUCCAAUUUCGAUCCCUUUAUUCACCCCACCAUCGCAGAUCUGACAUUGAUUGACGAGGAAACAAUUUCCUUCCUCAUCAAGCAAAGUAAAACGGAUCAAUCCAGAAAGGGACAUUGCAUCUACAUAUUCAAUAUCCCAUCCCCCACAAGCCCAUUUCAAACACUCCUAGCUUACAUACAAUAUAGAAAAACACUAAGCUUAAGUCCCCUAGCCCCCCUUUUCAUAGAUGACGCACACCACCCAGUGACACGCUUUUGGUUCCAAAAACACCUCAAAGCAGUCCUCCACCAUUCAGGCUUCCCAUCAGGAUCAUACUCCAGUCACUCAUUCAGAAUAGGAGCCGCCACCACAGCUGCACACAAAGGGCUAUCUCAACAACACAUACAAACACUAGGAAGGUGGUCUUCUGACGCCUUCAAAUCCUACAUUCGACUCAGCCACAGCCAUCUAAAGGAAGCCCAAAGGACCCUCACCAGCAGACACCUUAAACCUAGCGGCCAAGGGCACGAGCCCAAUCCAGGGAUAAGCCUAGACACAGCCAUCCCAGCUUCCAGAGGGCGGAGGAGCUCCUCAGCCACCCAAGGCUACUGCUACACCUUCUGCUUCAACUACUGCGACAACUACUGCGACAACUACUUCUACUACUACUACUACUACAACUACUGCCUCAACUACUCCUAA